AGUAAAUACUCCUAUUAAUUUAAAAUACUUAAACCGCAAUGGCAAGUACGGAGCAACAACUACAAAGAAUUCUUCAUGAUAUCGCCAAGAGAGAAAAUUAUAUCUCAUACAAAAUCGACAUCAAACCAAUAACAUCAGCAGGAGCGAACUACACAGCAGAUUUGUAUAUAGGAACAAUUUCCGAACCGCUGAAUCCAGAUAUUCAUAUUUUUGCCAAGGUUGCAAAUCUCAAUGAAGAUGCAAGGAAAAAUAAUGAAUUUCUGUUCAGAGUGUAUAAAAUAGAAGCAUUGUUCUACUCUGAAAUGGCAUUCAUCUUUGGUAGGAUAUACAACAAACACCAAGUUUCAGUCGAAAAUAGGCUGAUUAUAUCUAAAUAUUACGGGCAUGUUUUGAUCCCUAACCAGGAAAUACUUGUUUUGGAAAACCUCGAAGAAAGAGGUUUCAAAACAUUUGAUAGAAUGAAGACUUUUGAUUGGGAAUAUGCAGCUGUCGCCGUGACUCAGAUGGCUAAAUUUCACGCGCUAGGAUUAUCGUACCGUGAAGAGUAUCCUGAGGAAUUCGAAAAUGCAUACAGUAAUCUUAUUGUAGAUUUUUCCAAGAACCAAGAAGAAAUGGAUAUAUUUACACAACAGGCAUUACAAAACGCUUGUGAGGGAUUAAAUGACGAUUAUAAGCAACGAUUGAAAAACUUUUUUUCUUCAAAGGAAAUAGUGACAAAUAUGACAACACAGAUGAUGGAAGAUAAGACAAUGCUGAUUCAUGGAGACUUUAGGCCAAGUAAUUUAAUGCACAGACGUCGAAACGGGCGAUUGGAAAUAGUCCUCCUAGACUACCAAACUAUCAGGAUGGGAAACCCAGUGAUAGACCUGAUUUAUUUCAUCUUCUCUGGUUCCGACGCGGAGUUUCGGCGCCUGCACUAUCAGCGACUUCUGGACCGCUACUUCACGGAGCUGACUAUUGCGCUGCGACACCUUAACAUUGACGUGGAAAAUGUUUAUCCAAGGAAGAGUUUUGACACUAAUGUUAUUAAAAUGAGGCCUCUGGGAGUAAUGUUUGGUCUAAUGAUGGCGGGGAUGGUGACAGUGGCACCAGAAGACGCGCCAAAGAUAAACGGAGAUUUAUCCAGCAUGCACGUCAAGCCCAACCAACUGGCGCAGGAGAGAAUCAGUGGGAUAGUAAAAGAUUUUAUACAAUGGGGUAUUUUAUAAGGAGUAAAUAUUAAUAGUACAUACGAAUGAAAAGUUACAUUAUAAGUUGUAAAAAAAAUGGUCCAAGGAAAACGGAAGACCUACCUAAUAUUCGAUGUUUAAUAAUAAAAUUAAAAAAGAAAAAAAAAUGUAAAAAGUAUGAAAAAAGUAAUGAUAUAAACGCAUUUGUAUUUGUAUUUGUAUUUGUAAAUUAUCAAAAUUAGAGUAUUUAAUAUAACUUCCAUAAGUCAUUAUUUUCAAAUAUAUUUACCUCGCACAACGUAUCAGCAUUGCGAUACAGCGAGGAUAUACUGCCAGCAUUCUUGGUACAAUGCCUCCUGACGCAUUUUACCAAUUUUAUUAUUUUUUUUUAAUAGUCCCCUGGGACUAUUUUAGGUUUA